AUGAUCCCACACCCAUCCCUGGACAUGAACUUGCUCAAAGAGCACCAGUUUUACUCAAACAACGGAGAAGAAGGAGGAGCAACAAGGGGAGGAAAAGCUGUUAUUGGUGGUGGUGCAACUGCCACUGCAGCUGGUGCAAAUGAUCUAAUGGCAAAUAAAGAACUUGUUAAAAACUCCGUCCAAAACGCAUGUCAUCAUCUUGUUGCUUUUGACAAGGAGAAUAUAUUCAGCUUUGACAAUCUAUUAAGAGUAUUGGUGAUAGCCUCAAUCGUUUCCAUCACCUUGGGCUUAGCAAGAGCUUUCCUUUCAAGAAGGCGGAGACAACACUUGAAAGAGAAACUGAAACCUAUAAACUAUGUUUGA